AUGCAGACGGAUGAACAGUCAGGAACAACAGGAGGAAGAAGAGGGAAUCGGCAUGCGGCGGCACAAGCGAGAUCUCAACAACAGCAAAAUCAGCAGGUGGAGGAGAAUCAAGUAUUUGGAGAACGACUUCAUUCGUUGAUUUAUGGAUAUCUUUUACGAAAUGGAUUCAACUCGGCAGCUGCUGCUCUUCAACAAGAUUCUGAACAUUUACAAAACUCAGUUACUCGUCCAGAUACCGACAGACCUCAACAAGUCAUCGUUUUGAAUGAUCGUAUGCACGAUCGAAAUCUCGAAGAAAUCGUUCAAAUGUUCAAUCGGGAUGGUUCUUUUGGGUUACACGAUCGACUGAUGGAUUUCGGUGGCGAUCUUAACCGUUUGAACAAUCGAUUCCAAACUCUUGUGAACUAUUUCGGAUCUACAAAUACUAGUCGCUUACAUCAACAACUUUAUGGACGUCAAUCGUAUUCGAGACUCCAACAGCCUCAAAAUUAUUCACUGGGCCCAGCUCCACAGGCUGUUUCUCAAAUGCGCCUUCAACAAGUCAACCAAAUCGCAGAGGAGCGUUAUAGACAGGAACAACAAAUGAGAGAGAGAUCGGUUUCAAUUGCUUCGAAUUCUCAAAGUCAGCUACAGAAAAUGCCAACUCCAGUGCAAGAACAAGGUCAACUACAGGACCAAAAUAUGUUGCAAGGAGCUCCAGAACAUACGGAACCAAUGGAACAUUCCCAGGAGGCAGAUGGAGAGGUGCACAGAUCACGACGAAAGCUCAAUCAUCCGCAGAAUUACAACGUUCGAUUAGGAAACUCGGUGAAUGCCAUUGCAGACUACAUCAAUGAUCCGAACUAUCAGCUCGAUGAUUUUGUCAAUCUCAAUUAUGGUUUUCUCAAUGCUAUGGAUUACAAUCCACCUCCAUUCGCAUUGACUAGAAUGGAACAGGAUGAUCAGCAAAUGCUGGAAGAGAUUUUCAACGAGGAGCUUAUCGAUAACGACAUGUUUAUGGAGUCUGGUGUUGUUCGCGAAGAGAUUGUCGAAACAGAGGAAAUCCCAAUCGAGAAUCGCGCUGCGCAGUACGCAACACCUCCGGAAGAACUUCUAAGCCCAGUACCCAGAGCCUCUUACAUGGUUUCUCACCAAAGUGUCUCAUCACAACCGUCAACUUCUGAAGCGUCAGUCGCUCGUUCAAGUCGUAAAGAUGAUUAUUACAUUCCCAGUAAAGGAGUCAACCUAUCAACCUCAAAAAGUGAAGUGAAAAUACAUAAGGAGCGGGAUAGGAGUCAAACUUCUGAUACGGGGUAUCAUAGAGAGAGAUCAGAGACAUCGACUAUCAUAAAUACUUCUGAAUUAGUUCCAGAUCGGGAAAAAAAUCGAGAAGAAGUGCAUCGCCACAAAGUCAGAGAUCACAUGAAAGUAGACGGCAUCGAGAGCGUGAAAAAGAGAAAGAGAAAGAUAAGAGUCGAAAAGCAAGAGCGUGAUCGGCACAGAGAUGAGAGAAGUGAUUUGCAUGAUAGGCCCUCUUCUUCUUUCUCUUCUUCGCACCAUCGAGAUCAUCGUUCGAAAGUUCAGGAUGAGAGAGAAUCGACACCAGGUUCUCGUACUACUGAACGAGAUGAUGAUAAGGAUAAAAAACGAAAAGAACGAAAGGAGCGAGAAAAGGCUGAGGAAAGAGAGAAGGAGAAGCAACGGACGAAGGAUAAAAAAGAGAAGGAGGAUCGAGAUAGAUCGAAGCAUUUGGGUCAAUCAUCUUCGUCGUAUGCAAGUGCAGAACAACAUCCACAACACGUUUUGAACACCAUGCGGACUUCGCAUGCAGCUGGUGUGAUGAAACAGUCUGAGCAUCUUGAUUCGUCUGCUGCUGGCGGAGGAGCGAAACGAAAAGCUGAUCAGACAAUUACUUCAGAAACCAAACCGCUUCCAUUCAAGAUUCCGAAGAAAAAUACCACGUCCUCUUCGUCGGAUCUUCGACAGGCUGGUGGAGGUUCAAGGGACUCGUCGAGAACUUCUUCUCCGAAAGGAGACCGAUUAAAGGUUGUGACAUGCGGGAUCUUUUGGACUGAAUGUGGCAAAUUGCAGAAAUCACCACCCACGACAAACAACAAAAUAUCAGAUGGUGGAGAAGAUCGUCCGGUUGCUACUCAUUUCAUCGCUCCAAUCGGACAUUUGGCUAGAUGUAAGUUUUCGAGGAUAUCAUCAAUUCUCAUCAACUGCGACCGUUCUUACCAUAUGUAUCAACUUGAUCAUCCGUCUAAAGAGAAUAAAGUACGAUCUACUUCACAGUCGCCGGCAAAUUCAACACACAGCUCGGGCCCAAUAACUCCUUCUAGUGUGACACUUGUUCCACAUCCCAAAGGGAAAAUGUAUGCUCCUAUUAAAGGAGACAGAACGGAAACGAGAAAAGAGAGCGACAAAAACAGCACAAGUUCCUCGACAACAGUGGAAAGUUCUGAUGAUGACACUUCUCGAGCAAGCAGUAGCAGUAGCAACAAUAGCAGACAGAAAAAACCGGUGGAUGGUCUGCUGGCUGAGAAGCUCCUGGCUAGAGUUCAUAAGCAGAAAUACUAUACCAUUCUGAGAUGUUCAUAUCGAUUUCCUUCAUUGUGUGCUUGUAAUCAUUUCUUGUUUCUUCUAGUCGCUUUUGUAAUUGACCUUAUCAAUUAUUCGGGUGUGGUCGAAAUAUCUCAAAUAUCGCCCAAAAUGUUUACUGUGUUCAAAUUUUUGUCCUGUUAUUCAUAUCCUAACUUAUGUUUUUCCGGGCAAACAGUCAACGAAAUCUUACGCUUGUUUAGAAUGAUUUUUCGGCGGAUUACACGAUUGAUUUCUUUUCGGAGCUUCAGUAUCGGUAGACCUGAUGUAGCAACGACAUCAUCAAAAUUCGCAAAUGACAGAUGGUCUGUGCUGGUAGUACAUCCGAAAGUUCGAUGGGGGUCUGGUUCAGCGUCCGUGCUCAAACAGGCUGAUAGACAAUUAGAAGAAGCCGUAGCUCUUGUCAACAACCUACCCAAUAUGAUUGCCGUUGAUAGUCUUAUUAUGCCGGUAGACUACAACACAAAACGAAAAUCCAUCUGGGCUGCUGGUAACUUGGAGAAGCUCGUUACCAGACGUGAAGCAGCUCGAGCUACUGCUUUGAUGAUCAAUGUCGACGUUUUGAGCCCAUCGCAGCAGGAGGAGCUCUUCAGAAUCUUCGAAGUUCCGAUCUUCGAUCGCUAUAAUAUUGUACUAUCAACAUUCAAAGAGUUUGCACAAACGGAUGAAGCUCAACUUCAAAUCGCUCUUGCCGAAAUUCCAUAUAUCAAAAAUCGGAUUCACGCAUUAUCAUCGAAACGGCUUCAUUCUAGACCUGAAAUUUUGCACAUCGAACAACAGUAUGCCGAGGUGGAGGGAGAUUUGAAUGAGAUUCUUCGAAAAAGAGAACAAGAUUUACGAAGGGAUUUGAAGGAAUUAACUAGGAAGAGCUCGGAAUCAAUUAAAUCAAAGAAUUCGUCAGAUGCCGUGGUUGCGGUUGUUGGGUAUACAAAUGCUGGGAAAACGAGUCUGGUCAAGAGACUGACGGGUGCGAGUUCUCUGACACCGAAAAAUCAAUUGUUCGCCACUUUGGAUACGACACGACAUGUCGCAAAGUUACCUUCUGGGCGAUCUGCAGUGUUCACAGACACUAUCGGAUUUUUGAGUGAUCUCCCGAUGCAUCUUAUUUCUGCUUUUGAAGCAACAUUGGCCCAUGUCAAAUCUGCGGACGUAAUAAUUCAUUUGAGAGAUGUUUCCAAUCCAGACUGGAAGGCUCAAGAAGAAGACGUCGUGGCAACACUCAAAUCGAUUGGAGUUGCCGAGAAUGUGCUCACGGAACGGAUGAUUACUGUAGAUAAUAAAAUUGACAAAGAAGGAGUUGAAAAUAUAGCGGACGCGACCACCAAGUCCAUUCGUAUUUCUUGCAAAACUGGCGAUGGAAUGCAGGAUCUUAUUGAUCGGAUCAAUCAGAAAGUCACCAUCGCCACGAAAUGUAAAACGAUUCGUUUCCGACUGGAUGUCCGUUCUCCAGUCAUCGAAUGGCUCUAUCAUAAUGAAUUCGUUGUCGUGGAACCCGUCGCAGAUGGCAAUAACUUGAUCUUUGACGUUGUUAUGAGUGAAUCAGAAAUCGGACGAUUUCGAAAAAAGUUUGAUCAUCUUAGAAAGAAAGUAUAA